AUGAAUGGUAGCAUUCAAGGUCAUUUCCAAGGAGCUAAAGGUCUCAGACAAGGAGACCCAAUAUCGCCUUUAUUGUUUGUUAUGGUGAUGGAUUAUCUUACUCAUUUGCUGUUAAAGGCUACUAUGGAGAAAGAUUUUAGAUUUCAUCCUUUAUGUAAGUCUUUAAAGCUUGUUAGUCUUUCUUUUGCUGACGAUCUCCUCUUGUUUUGCAAAGCCAACCCGAGAUCAGUCAUGAUAAUUCAGAAAGUUUUUAUUGAUUUUACCAAGACCUCGGGCCUCUCUAUUGAUCAAAGAAAAUCUAGAAUUUAUAUUGGUGGGCUUGCUGCUGGGGAUAAAGUUCCUCUUCUGCAGUGUUCUAAUUUGCUUGAAGGGCAAUUCCCCUUGAAAUAUUUGGGUGUCCCGUUGAGACCAACUAAAUGGAGGGCUAUUGACUGUGAUGUUAUCCUUGAGAAAAUGAGAAUUCAGCUGAAUGGUUGGGCUAGUCGCCAUUUAUCUUAUGCUGGUCGGGCCCAGAUAACAGAAGCAAGCUUCAUCUUAUCUCUCGGGAGCAUGUCUGUCGGCCAAAAUGUUUUGGUGGUGGGUUUCAGGGAGAGUUCUUCUUGGAAUAAAAUUAUGUUGGCUAAAUUCAUCUGGGCUGUUUCCUCCAAGCAGGACAUGCUUUGGGUUAAAUGGGUCAAUUGUAUUUACUUAAAAGGAGUUUCAAUAUGGGAUUAUCUGUUAAAGCAAGAUACUGGUUGGUAUUGGAGGAAAAUCAUCAAAUUCUGUCAUGUUGUGUUUAGAGCUGAUUUGGAGGCUGCUGUUAGGAAUGGAAAGCUUCAGCUAGGAAAUCUUUAUUCUAUUGUGUUUCCUGGAAUUUUGGUGCAUUACGAGAAGGCUGUUUGGUGUAGGCUCUCGGUUCCCAAGGACAAAUUUAUCCUUUGGCUUGCUGUGAACCAGAAAAUCCUCACAAGGGAUUGGCUUCAUCACUGUCAUGUUCCUCUCAACUCUUUAAGUUGCCCAGUUUGUUAUCAAGCAGAUGAAAGUCAUUCUCAUCUCUCUUUUGAGUGUGCUUUCUCCAGGAAAGUUUUGCAAUCUGUUCAAGGGUGGCUGCGAGGGGCUUAUUGGCCAGUUCAGUAUACGACUUGGAUUCAAUGGUUGUCCUUGCCUCGUACAGGUUGGUGUUCGAUGGUGGCUAAUGCAGCUUGUACAACUACUGUGUACCUCAUUUGGCUGAACAGGAACCAGUGCUGGGUUGAGAAGAGUUGUUUGCCUGUGUAUAAGAUAGAUAACUUGAUCAUAUUUUCAGUUAAUGCUAGAGUGCAGAACUUAAUAGGUCGUCAUUGUACUAUUAGAGAAAGAUAA